CAGUGUAGUACAUGGUAUGUCUACUUUCGGUUUGAUUGAAAUUAAGAUAUGAAUUUUCUCAAUAAAGCAAACAAAUAAUGGAAUGACAACGAUGUUUACAUUAUGUUAUGUAUCUACAUGAUUCUGUUUUUCGUGGACAUGAGUUCACACAGGCUAGUGAUGGAAAUUUUUGUUAUCAGUACCCCUUACCGCCCCUCUUGAUAUGUUCAAUGGGGAAAUAAUGUCGGAUGUGUCUAGCUUGGUACGGGUGCUCAGAACAGUAAGAUGUGAGUGCGAAUUCAGAAUGAUCCGUGUUCUCCUACCGUAACAACUAGGGUAGGGAGAUACCAUACAUAGGAUUCGAAAUGGCAGAGAAACGGGUCUUGCCAACUCUAACAUACGAGGGCAGUGUAGUGAAACGCCCCAAGACGCACUCCAAACAUGGCCGUGAUCCGUUAUCAUAUUUAACAGAGGAUCAGCUUGUUUUUCUAUACACACUGAUGUUGUGUUGUGGCGAAGAUCUGGGAUGUAUUGACCACGGUGUGAUGGGCAGCAUUAAUAUAAUGAAAACGUUGGAUGAAUUAUGUGACAAAGGACUAUGCCUGAGGACGUCAGACAUGAUGCAUCGCUUUAGUCUAGACGGAAGAAGACGGUUUGUAUGUGAUGGCAGACUUUAUGAACUUACUUACAAUGAAUCUAGAGUGAUGAGAUAUUAUGUGACACAAUGCUUGCAUAAUGACAUGGACAAAGAAUUUUUCCUUUGUAUGGCAUCUGAAAGGUGUCUACGAUUGUAUGCAGAGCAGCACAUCCUUUCGUCAUCUGAGGAAAAUUGUCCUAUAACAUUAAUGAGAUUAAUUGUAGAGAGCGAAGUCGAAAGAUUAGAGCUACAUGUAGAAGAUAUUCUUCCCCCUAACUGUGUGUCGGUAAAGAACAUUAGGAACGUUGUACGAGAUUGGUGUCAUCAGGAGAAACUAGACCCUAUACGUUUGGCUGACAAAAUACCCAAUGAGAGAGUUAAAAGCUUUUAUUCUGCGAGUACAAUACUUCCAUCCCCAGAGAAAGAGACAAACCCCAACAUUCCCACAAGCGCACGGAAUAUUCUAUUUUGUAUCUUGUUGUCAAGUGGUUACAGCAUUACUCUUGAAAACGAUAACUGGAGAAGAAAACUCGCGGAGGUAAGAGAGAAAUUGUGUAUGACAGAAGCAGGACACGAACUUGAAGAUCUAGAAACCAUCAACGAAUUAGUAGGGAAAUUGGCCAUACUCAGAAAGACUGGACAAAGGAUUACCUUUAAGUCGGAAAAUAUCAAACAUAAGGUAAUGGCUGAGUUUGCAAUUUACUGUCUCAAAACCGACAAGGACUACGAAUCAUAUCUAAUGAUGACCUCUGAAGAUUCGGUUAUAGAGUAUUGCACAUGUUGGAGAUUUUGGAACCAUACCAACGAAAGAUGCAUAUAUAUUCCAAGAUUCUUAGAAGAUUUGCUGAUAGAAAAGUUUAGAAUAUUUGCUGUACUUCAAGCCAAUCUAAUGGGGAUGGAGGACAUUUUUAUAGCUUCGAGGACGUUUGAUGAUUACACUCCUAUACAGUUGAAGAUAUCGCGAAAAUGUAAAGUACCCAAGGCUGUCUUCAAUAUUGACGAUAUCACAUUGACAAGAUUCAUGGAGGUUGUCAUAGGAAUGGGAUAUGAUUGGGUGAAUCUGAAUAGCGUACUUUGUUCCAUUUUGAUUUUUCAUCCGACAGUCGAUAGUGAAGGAUCCAAUCAAGAUUUUUAUGGUGGAUUCCUAGAGUCAGUAGAGUACAAUGCAUUGCGGAGAGUGCGACAAAUAUAUUUGAAACACCAAGACGAUCCCAAAGUAUGUGAUACCGAUGUACUCAAUCAGCAGAUACACAUUGAGGGAGGCAGUCAGAGACUUUCACUAUCUCCCAAAGAAUGGGCGACACUCAUUUUCAUAUUGCUGGCAGAUAACUACGUUAUCACCAUAGACACAUUAUCCGAAGCAAAACAAAGAAGUAUCAAACAAGCGUUUCCACUGCUGCAAGGUGUUGCACUUCUAUCUGACAUAGAACGCUUGGUAGAAUUAGAGAAAUAUGAUAAAGUUUUAAGAAAAGAAGAAGACAAAAGAAUUAUCAGGUUUGCAUCAGACGAAAUCCGUCAUCAAGUGAUGAGUUACUUUGUCCUGAAUUGUCUUAAAACUGAUGAGGACUACAAGAACUAUAUCAGGCUGUCUUCAGUGGACUCUUUGUUAGAGUAUGUACGUCCAUGGACGUAUACGGGGGGAGGACAAGAACGAUGUUUAUAUCUAACGGAGAUACUUCUGGACGAUUUCAUUGAAAAACUGGGUCUAGAUGCUAUACGACACGUCAUGGUGGGGAGAAAUUUUAAAGACCCGACUGUUAAUUCAGUGAGAGAUAUCAUUCAAAAGAAUGUUAACGUACCACGGGAAAUCUUUGACUUGGACUAUGAAGCACGAUGCAGAUACGUAGAAUGUGCCAAGAAAGGAACCCAGACCACACACAAAGCUCGUGCAAUGAUAGUUGGAUGUGCAGGAGCGGGGAAAACAACUCUUCUGAAGCGACUGCAGAAGUGUGGUCAAGAGGAGAUAAACAACGUCCAAACAACGGUCGGAUUAGAGAUUCACGAAGAUAUCUUUGAAAUAAAUGACGAAGAAAAUGUUUUGAAAGCUCUACAAGAGGAAACGAAGAAGGAAGGGAAAAAACUACUAAGCAUUGUAGACUUUGCAGGCCAGUGCGCCUAUUACGCCUGCCAUCAGGUGUAUCUGAGUAGAAGGGCCUUUUAUCUCCUGGUGAUAGACAUGUCCAAACCUUUCAGUGAAAUAGUUGACCCUAGGGUGUGUGAACAACAAGGAACAGUGUUUAUGGACUGGACGUAUGGGGAAUACGUCUUGUUUUGGAUGAAGUCUAUUCACACAUACUGUGAUAAUGAUACCCCGGUCAUCAUAGUGGGAACUCAUCUCGACAAAACUACUGGACAGACAACCGACACCCUGUUUAACAAAGUAUUGAAACAUCUAGAAUUCAACAAGGACCUCACAACACACUUAGACAGAAGAAGAUGUUUUAUUCUGGGCUUAGAAACAGACACUGACCAAUGUGUGGAUACAAUUAUUGAAUUAGAAAAAUGCAUGGUUUCUAUUACAAAACAUGAUCGUUGGAGGGAAACCAUCCCUACAGAUUGGGCGUUGUGUGAGGUUCUCCUUAGAGAACAGAGAAGAAAGGGACAGAAAAUGAUGUCAGUUUCAGAAUUGACCCCGAUUUGUUUUGACGGAAAGAAAGGGAAGGAUUCACAAAUAGAGGAUGUGUUGAAAUUGUACCAUGAUAUGGGUGUUGUGCUGUACUUCCAAGAGAAACCUCUCAAUGAAACUGUUAUCAUCGAUAUUCAGUGGUUCGUUGAUUCCUUUAAAAAUGUGAUCACUGAUCCAAAUCACGUAAGUGAUGUUGUAGAGAAUGAACAUGACUGGAGAGAGUUUUUUGAAUCCGGUCAUCUUCAGGAUAGGCUUUUAUCCAAAUUACUGAGUAAAACUGAUGAUGACAUUCAUCCAUUGUUCAUUGAUUUUUACCCAAUGAACAUGCCGCACUUCAGUAGAAAUCCUUGGAAUUGGAACCUGGAUAAGAGCAGUCUUCUCCAGUACAUGCAGCGGCUUGGUCUUAUUGCUUUGGGGCGGUUUUCUCACUACAUACCAAGCAUGAACAAGCGUACUUUUGGGGCAGAGGAAGGAUCCUACUUUGAAACUCUGAGAUGUAAAACUUCUGUACUUGUCUACAAAUUCGAUUUCUUGCCUUAUUUCUAUUAUUUUCGUCUAAUUGUUGCGUGCUUGGAAAAUGAGGAAUGGGCUGUUCUGGAAAACAAAGGACUAUGCUUGUACAAAAAUGUGGCUUGUUUUAGGUAUAAAGAACAUAUCCUUGCUCUGGCCGUUACCAGAUCAUCAAUACAGCUCCAGAUUUUGCAACCUCAAAAUAAACCGAUCGAGAAAGAAGUUGUACUCCAGGUUCGUGACACUGUCGAUAUGCUGUUAGAGAAACUCACUAAGAAUUUUCACAAAACCGUAAUGUUUAUCGUAGGAUACCAAUGCUCAAAGCAGGAGGUAUUUGUCGGACACAAUGACUGCUUUUUAAAAGAGACCGAUAUUUAUGGAAAAGGUGAAAUACCAUGUCCAAGGCACGGGCUGAUGACAGAACAUCGCAUCAAUGAACGAGGACUUCUUUCAUAUUGGAUAAGGGAUGUGUUACCUGUGUCAGAAAGAAAUACAGCAGGUGCAUGCACUGUUCUAGAAGAGAGAGACUUACCAAAGUUCAUCAAAGUGUUUGGAAAGGACAUUUACAUACAGGCGCUAUACCUUUCUCUCUCUGAAAAUGAUAUCGAAAUCAUCAAAAUGGAGUCACCGAACUCAGUCCGUGAACAGAUAUACCACAUCUUGUUAAAGUGGAAACGCAAAACCGGACAAGGGGCAACGAUUGGAUCUCUUUGGGAUGCCUUGCAGCAAUGUGAAAACGACACAGGGACCACCGUGGACUGGGAUGCUUUCCACGAAGGAAUAAAAUCCAUAGUGGAUCAAACAAUUUGAAAUCACUUAUUUCUCAAGUGCUCCAACUUUUGAGGGAAAAUAUCAUUCAAUAUCAGAACAGUUGUAUAUACCUAUUAUCUGAAUAUAUUAUUGUAAAUAUACCGUUAUUGUGUAUUAUAUUUUCUUAGUGAGCAUAUCUACUUUGAAAGCAAUCGUAUUUGAACAUGUAUAAGAUGGGGGAUAUGUAAUCAUAGAUAUGUAUCCAAUAAAUGUAUAUGUAAUCUGUUAUUUAUGGCAGUAUGCGAUUGCGCGCUGUUGUAAUUGAUUUAUACCAUAAAUAAGUCAACAGUACUUCAUACAGAAUUGAUUUCAUGCCCUGUGACAAUGUAUAUAGCUCUAUGAUGACGUGUAUGUUUCUCUGUUAUUGUUUUUUUAUGUAUGUGUGCAUUUUGUAACGAGCUCUUUGUAAUGUGAUAAAAGCCUGUAUAGAUACUUCAGACUAUGUAAGGCAACAGGAUCAUGUGUAAUUGGAAUGAAGCUGAUUGACACCUGAUCAACUUGACAGGACCCUAUUGAGAAGCAAAUUGAUAAAAAGAAGUGAUCGUUUGCUUGAAGAUUUCAGUCACGAAAACUAACAAAUCAAAUGAUUUAUAUCACAGAUUUACUCAAUUUCAUGUCAACCCAGUCCUCUAGCUGACAAACACAUAUUUCAAAUGUUCUAUUUGUUUUUUUUUUCUUUCCUUUUUGUUAUACAGGACAUCAAAUAUAUUUACAACAAACACGAAAAUAAACAUAUCUACCAAACUCUAAUUCUCACUAUCAAAAUAUCAACCCUCACUAUCAAAAUAUUAUUAACCUUCUGGGACUAUUUGUUAGUUUUUAUUUUUAGAAAGGUUAGUUUACAUAUAAUACUCUAUGUAUAAAUGCAAAACCUAAUUUAUUGGUGACAUGAUGGGCAUAUGUUAGCGUUAUCAUUAUUUUUCUUUCAAUUGCUCAUAUAUUAAAAUUUCUACGGUAGUUCACUUUUCUCAAAGUCAGGAAAGAUGUUCUAACACAAUUGGAGUAAAUCUAAUUCUAAUAUAAAAUUCACAUAAUACGUAUUAGAUUCUUUUUCAAUUGCCUAUUUUGAGUAAUAUAGUAUUGAAAUAUAUACAUUUUUAUUGUAUUGUCAAUAGUUUUGUAAAAAGUCAAAGCUGAAUAUUGCAUACAGGGUUAUUUAUCCCCUAUUAUAUUCGCCUAUUUAUACAUGGAGACGGUUUCGCCCCGUUUAAAAUUGGCGUUUGCGUUAACAGAGAAAUAAGAGAGAAGACAGUUUCACCCAGUCUUAAAUUCACGCACUGACAUGGGGGAGGGGGGGGGGGGGGGGGCAAAAUAAAACGGGGGUGAAUAUUUCCCUGUAUACAGUAAUACAUAUAGAUUUCUUAGGUCAAAUAUAUUGGUUUUUUUUUUGCAUGAAUCUUAGAUGUAUUGUUACCAAAAAAAUACACAGCAUGUUAUUUGUAAAUGCAUCUUUGAUUAUUGAUGCUCUAAACAAUAACAAAUUAUUGUAUGUAUUGAAAUAUUCUACUGUAACAACAAUUUGAUAUUUGUGUAUAUAGAUAUUCUAACAACGAUAUGGAUUAUGUGUAUACAAACGUUUAGCAAUGUGAUCUAAUUGUACAUUCAUGGUUUGACAACAUGGUAUAUGUGUAAGUAGAAAUGUUCUGAGCACAAUCACAUAUGUUGAAUCAUGAAAUGAAACUUGUGUUUCAAAAUUUUAUGAGCGCAGCACAAAUCAAAAAGCUUAAAAUAACAUCUUUGGGAUAACUUUUUCAACAUACCAUCAAGAAGAUAAAGUGACAGCUACGUUUUUCUUCUUUAAUAUGUCAUUCUGAAUUAUUAUCUUCUUUUUUUUUUUUAUCUUUUUAUCUAGUUUUUAUAAAACAAAUUUGAGUUUUGAUCGCAUACUAAGAUAUGUUUUAAAACUAAAUGAAUGUCCUUAUUGUUAUGCUUAAAGCGAACAACACAGAUAUCAUAUUCAUUAUAUUCACCGUUAAUGUGCUUGAUUCACCUUUCAUUGAUCAUUUUUAUCCGCUUGUUUAGCAAGAUGUUUUUGAGUUAUUAUGGAUUUUUUUCUAUCGUUUUAGCUUACGUGUGCUCUACUGUAUCUGUAGAUAUUCUACAAUCAUGUGAUUUAUAUGAUUUUUCGCACAAAAGACACUUAGUCAGAGGAUGGUUGUUUGGUUGUAUAUCGUUUAACGUCCCGCUGGAGAAUUUUUCACUCAUAUGGAGACGUCACCAUUGCCGUUGAAGCGCUGUAAAAUUAGGUCUAUGCUUGGCGCUUACGGUUUUUGAACAGGGAUGGUCUUUAUCGUGCCACAUCUGCUGUGACAUUGGACUUCAGUUUUUGUGGUCUCAUUUAACUUGGAGGAAAUUCACGUUUGUGCAGAAAAAGAACUAUAACCGAUUCAGAGGAGGAAAAUAUGGUGUAGAGGAAAGCUAACAUGUUCCUAAAUGAAUCCAUUUCUCAAAUAUUUUAUAAAAUACUUUCAAUUAUCAACUAUGACAAUUGGUAAUAAGAGUUGUUAGUUUCUUGAUUUUACCAUGGACAUAUAGAAAACAAUCACAACUAUGAUUAUAUAUUAUCAUGCAAUUGUCAACAAGUGUCAAGAAAAAAACAAUUCUGCUCGUAAUCAUAUUGUUAUUACAAUAUCUUAAAAUCACGAGUCAUUUACCCCAAAGCUAUGAGAAAAUAUUUGGAAAUCGUUUAGUAAUUUUUUAAAGAAAUUACUAGUAAAGCUCUCGAAAUCUAGAUAAUAUAUCACGAUAUUGCAAGAUAGUAUCUUUAAAAUUUAGGUUGACUUUCUCGAAAUCAUGAGAAAUUGUUUUCACAUAUUACAUGAAUUUGAUAAAUAAACUCACAAAUUUGUA